AUGGGUCGAGCUCCAUGCUGUGACAAGGCCAACGUGAAGAAGGGACCAUGGUCACCUGAAGAGGACGCCAAGCUCAAGGCUUAUAUCGAUAAGUAUGGCACCGGUGGAAAUUGGAUUGCCCUACCUCAGAAAAUUGGGCUUAAGCGAUGUGGAAAGAGUUGUAGAUUAAGGUGGCUGAAUUAUCUGAGACCAAACAUUAAGCACGGUGGAUUCUCUGAGGAAGAAGACAACAUCAUCUGCAGCCUCUACAUAAGUAUUGGUAGCAGGUGGUCCAUAAUUGCAGCCCAGUUGCCAGGAAGAACAGAUAACGACAUAAAGAACUAUUGGAACACCCGGUUGAAGAAGAAACUACUAGGAAGGCGCAAACAAUCGAACGGUAGCGCUCGGUUAUCCUCGGUAAAUCCCGACUUGAAGGAUUAUUCAACCGGCGUAGAGGAUACCCUAAGCAGCUCAGCCCUAGAAAGGCUUCAGCUCCAUAUGCAGCUCCAAAGCCUUCAAAACCCUCUUUCCUUCUACAACAACCCCGCGCUUUGGCCAAAGCUUCAUCCCUUCCAACAAAAGAUGAUCCAGAGCUUCCAAUCGCUUAAUGGGGUUAAACCUAACCCUCUGAUGCAGCACAAUCUCACAACCCCCCAUGAUGAUCAUGAUCAUGAUCAAAGGAAAAAUAAUGCUGAUUUCUAUACUGAAUUAGCCCCCAAUGAAAACAAUAGUACAAUAGGUAAUGAGGAAGAUCAAUUUGCGAAAAUCGGCGACAACCCUAAGAUGGACGGAUUGGAAAAUUCUGCAAACAAUUUCAUGAAUAUGGGCAAUAUUAUUCCAAUGGACUCAUCAAGCACCAUCGUGUCGAAUGCUGAUCACUCGGCUUUCCAAGCGGAGCUUGAGAAUAUUCUCAAUGGGGAAGCAGUCAAUUUCAAUACACCGCAGGGAGGUGAUCAUGAUCAAAUGGCUGAUAUUCAGUACGAUUGUUUUAAGGAAAUGCCUAAUGUCAACAAGGACAGCUUGAUCUGGUGGUCCAACGAAUUCGACGCGAAAUCAGCUUCGUCGAACUCAUGGGAUGAUUCAACUUCGGCGGCUCUCGAUCAGUCUCACGGGAUUUUCCAUGAUUAUGAUCAACUAGGUUAUAACGGCCUGUGAAGAGCAGAUUAGAAGUAAUCUGAUGGAGCGUGGAGUAAGUACUACAUGGUUAUUUGUUAUGUUCAUAAAAUGGCAA